AUGCCUAGUGGAUACGCCCUGAAGCGUACCCACGGUCAGGAGAAGGUGAUAAUUUACGCCGCAGACUUGUAUCUCCUGGCAAAAUGGAAGAAUGGCCUUAGUAUUUCGGACGAAGCCCAGCGCUCGGCAAUCUUUAACAAGUGGCGAGAUAUUGGCCUACAGGGCCGCAUGCCAUAUCUGAAACGACUAGAGAAGAUGUCCAAGGCUCAAGAGGAUAUUACUGAGGACGAGAAGGAUUUCCUUGCUCGGGUCCGUGAUCCUUCAGACCGGAAGGAGAUCAGCUAUACGCGUCUUGUCCGCACCUUCUACGGCAACGGCUCGGAAAAUAACCUUUCCAAGCUAAUCCUUGAGGCGGAGUACGACGGGACAAUUUUCGAUAAUAUCGCGCUUUAUGACGCUAGGUCGGAUAACGGCCUACAGUCGCUGCACGGUAUCCUAACCCAUAUCCCUCAGAUCAUUGAAGGGACGACAGUCUUUGCUUGCCGUCACGAUAACAGGAUACGGGAAGCCCUUAAGAAGGCCAUAGAUAAGGACGGUGAUGAAAUUGAUUUUGAGAUGGCUCACCAGGCGGCUAGAUGGACCCACGUCCUCAUCUACGAUAAGGAGGCAAAUGAUGGCCCGGGAAACGUGCUGGUGGUAUAUAUCGACGAUCGUGGCAGGGUCCUACGUUACUCUCGGUUGGAAGGGAAUGAGGAUCUGUGGGCUGCAGAUGGUAUGUUUCUCUCGGGGCAAGAUUUUAUGCGUGCAUGGUGGGAAAACGGCCGCUACGGCGAGGACUGGAAACCUGAACAACUUGUUAAGCGAUGGGAGGAGGCUGAGUUGGAAAUGUCUGAGGAUAUCGGCAGCGAGAAUGCAAUCUCCGAGUAA